AAAACCCUAUUUAGUCUUCGUCGGUGUCAUUCGACCCCAAUUCUAUUGAGGUUCCCCAAAACGGUGGUGCGAAAAGAUGGCGUCGGAGAGCUCGGUAAUGGCGGUCAUCAGGGCCUCGCGUCCUUCUUUCCGGAACCCUCACGACAAGGUCGCCUUCGCCGUCCACGCUUCCUUCCUCGCUGCCGGAUUCUCCCUUAUCGCCACCGGCACUGGUGCCCUGUCCGAGAACCCCCCGAUCGGUGAGGAAGAGGUAGGAAUCGAUGGAUGGAACGAGCUGGAGGAUGCUUAUGCCUUUGUGUACAUGAAAACUGACAAGGGCUCGAAGAAGACUGUGUUGGUGAAGUGCUUGCCUAUAGGUGAUUUGCUCACCAUUGAUGUCCUGGAUCUCAGUGGACCAGGGAAAGAGCCUUUCCAUCUCCAAAUCAACGUCAAGGACUACUUGUCUGAUGUUGCCAAGCAAACCAGCAACUAUGCGGCAGUGUAUAAGAAUCUCAAGGACCUGGUGGACAAGUUGUGUUCUGGUUUUCUGGCCAAGUUAGAGCCCAAAGCUGAGAGCUCUUCAUCAGCCAAGAGCGGUGAUCGAUCCAGACAAAGUGUCAUCCGUGAACCUUCUGUGACAGUUCCUAGACACCAGGAACCUUAUUCUCGUGGUCUUGUUUAUCCACCUAUUCCCUCAACUGGAAUUAGUGAUCUCUAUCCUGGCCCUGGUGCUGGAUUUUAUCCUCAUAGAGGCUCUGGUGUAGGUGGUGGUAUGCUUGUGGGACCAAAUGAUCCACGCUUUUUUGGUUCCGAUGAACGUGCUGGCUUUCUUGGUGGCCUUCCGGGUGUGCCACCAGGUGCUCGGUUUGACCCUUAUGGCCCUCCGGAUGUUCCUGGUUUUGAGCCUGCCCGUUUUAUCAGGCAACCACGUCGGCCAGGCGGUGGCGCUCAUCCAGAUCUUGAGCAUUUCCAGGGACCUGAUUACAUAUAGAUGAAUAGUGUAAAACCUUGGACAUUUAGCAUGACUUUCUGUUGGUUGUCCUUUACACUGGAAUAAGUCGGCUGUUUUUCCCAUUUUGUUGAUGUUUUUCCCUUACGAACUAUAAUGCUACAGGAUACUCACAUGUAAAUUUCUUUGACCGUAUAUAUUUUUAGUAGGUCACAUCAUAGCUGCCGAGGGGCAUGUGUAUGUAAUUUAUUUGAUGCUUCUAGGGUUUCUGAGAUCCAAGUUUCCGCUGCUUCAAACUUGGGAGAGGAUGUGGCAUUUGUGUCUGUUGGGAUGCAUGCGGUGGUUUUUGCAGGUUCUUCACAGAUCCUAGUGCCACCAUUCAUAGCCUCGUUUGUGUAAUUGAGAACAAUCAACUGUAUUUGGAUGUAAGCUUCCACUAAAUGGUGGUUACUUUCACUACUGUGAA